AUCGCUAAUGACUUCCUAAUUUAGUGAGGCUGAGCGAGAAAAACGGUGACGAGGGUAGAGGGCAGCUCGAGGUGUUUAGGCCAGAUCAGCAAAAAUGGAUGCCAGCCUGUGUAGCCCAUUGGGACCAGACAACAUCACCAGAUGCCAUUUGCUCUCUCCUAGGCUACUCCAACUCGAAUGGCAGUCGUCUUCUUCAAGGCGUCAGCGUAGACAGUUCACCAGCUAUCCAUGGGACUACCACAAUAUGGAGAUUACACCAGAACAAGAAACCCAAGAACAUGUUAAAGGAAUUCUCUUCUUGCCGCGGAAAGUCCUACCCAACAGUGGAUAUCAAUUGCACCAACUACAUAUGCGGAAAAAGUAGGAAAUCCUACGCGGAGAGAAGGAGUAAGCGGAUUGUGGGUGGUAUCCGCUCGAAACCGGGAGACUGGCCCUUCCUAGCCGCCCUUCUCGGUGGUCCCGAGGAAAUCUUCUAUUGUGCGGGUGUUCUUAUCGCUGACCAGUGGGUUCUGACAGCUUCGCACUGCGUCGGCAAUUACACUGAUGUGAACGGAUGGACAAUCCAAUUGGGCAUCACCCGCAGACACGCUCACUCCUACUACGGACAGAAGAUGAAAGUCAAACGCGUUGUACCUCAUCCAAGAUACAAUCUCGGCAUUGCCCAUGACAACGACGUCGCACUUUUCCAACUUUCAACUCGUGUUACUUUCCACGAACAUUUAUUGCCGGUUUGUUUACCGCCGGCGGACAGGGAGCUCCAACCUGGCACCGUUUGUACAGUAAUUGGCUGGGGUAAAAAGGAGGACACCGGAAUGUCUGAAUACGAGCCCGAAGUCAACGAGGUUGAGGUACCAGUAUUGAAUCGAGACUUAUGCAACGCUUGGCUGGAGAACAGAGAUCUCAACGUCACGGAAGGCAUGAUCUGUGCCGGCUACAAAGAAGGCGGCAAGGACGCGUGUCAGGGAGAUUCAGGUGGUCCUUUGUUAUGUCGAGACAAGUAUGACAAAGAUCGUUGGUUUGUGGGAGGCAUCGUCAGCUGGGGUAUAAAGUGCGCCCAUCCCCAUUUGCCAGGUGUCUACGCUUACGUCCCCAAGUACAUCCCCUGGAUUCUACAGCAGAUGAGUAUAUUUUCUGAAUAAGACAAUAAGAGAAGACAAAUAUAACUAUAAAAGCAACACGAUUACAAAUGAAAGGUACAAAUUAUACAUGGUACAAUUUAAUAGCAUGUAGGUAGGAUGACGAUGUCUGCUGUACUUGCAUGGAGAUGAAUUGAAGGUUUUUAUUUAGAGAGAUUUACUGUAAUCCCUCCCAUACAUAAUCCGGCUACGCACAAAUUCUAAAAUAACAUAAUAUUUAAAUACUAAAGAAAAAAAAAAUGAGAAAUCGAUAAGUAAUGAAAUCCAAUAGUGAUAAUUGAUGACAAUUCACCUAGUGUUCGAGCGGACCGCCAAUACAUGUGAUCUGUUUAUAUACAGCUGUGUCAUUUACUUAUAUUAUUAUAUAAUAUAUUUACACGGGGCGCCUGAAAAUCUCUGCGGAUGUAUAUACAAACAUGAAUAUAUAGAAAACCCAUUUAUGUAAUACCUGACAAUAAGAAAAGCCGCGGGAAUUUUCAGGCGCCGAAACCGAGGUCGAUGAAAAAGAAGAUGAAGAAGAAAAAGAGAGAAACAAAAAAUAUAUAAGAAGUAUAU